AUGAGGUUGAUUGCCCGGAUCGGGGUGGCGGCCGCACUUAUCGUCACCGUCAUUUUUCUCAGCUUGAGCCGAAUCCAUGAAAACAUCAGGCCCCCCCAGCAUCUCUGGCAUUUCGACACCACCCCCCUUCGCGGUCACGAGCCCGAACCGCACCCUCCGCCGCGCCCGAAGCGCAAAUGGUGGGCUGGCGCCGAGGAGAAGCAAAAGGUUGAAUACCAGGUUGUCGAAGUCGAUGUGCCCAGUCAUGGCGCCAUUGUCAUGGGCAAGUUUAGGGACCAGGACACGUCAUGGUUAUCGCAGAUAGCCGAAUGGCGCAGUUUUAUCUACCUGGUCGAUGACCCCUCCGCGUUCUUCCACACCCCGACCAACAAAGGCCGCGAGGCCCUCCCCUACCUCCAGUUCAUCAUUGAGCACUACGACAAGAUCCCUGACAUGUCCAUCUUCCUCCACCACCACAACGAGGGCCCGGAAUCCUGGCACAUCGACAACUAUUGGCACAGCAACGUAGAUGCGGUGCGCGCUCUACAGAAGGACACCGUUGAGCGCGAAGGCUUCGUCAGUCUCCGCUGCCAACUCUCCCCGGGCUGCCCCGUCGCGAUCCAGCCCGGGCGCCGCGCGAACGCGGAGGCCGAAUCGGCCGAGAAGUACUACUCCAGGGCCUGGAGAGCUCUCUUCGAUAACGACGAUGUGCCCGCUCAAAUCGCCGCCCCCUGCUGCUCGCAAUUUGCCGUUUCGCGGGACCAGAUCCUGCAGCGGCCUCUUUCGGACUAUAAGCGCAUGUAUAAUUGGGUGCUGAACACGAAGUUGUCGGAUGAGAUUGUUUCUAAGAUUAUGGAGUACUCUUGGCAUAUCAUUUUCGGGAAGGAGCCGGUGUUGUGA